AUGGAAACGGCAGUGGCGGCGGCGCGGCAGCACGCAAGCUCCGGCCUCACGUCUCUGUCCCACCGCCUCGCGAAGCAGUUUACCGCCGCGCAUGGCGACGCCGCACGCAACCUCGUCUUCUCGCCGCUGUCCAUCUACUCCGCGCUCUCCCUCGUCGCCGCCGGUGCCCAGGGAAAAACCCUGCGCGAGGUUCUCGACCUGCUAGGCACAGGGUCCCGUGAGGACCUCCAUAUGGACGUCAGGCGCAUGGUCCAGCAGGCCAUCCCGGCCAGGCCGCAGGACGGAGGCCCGCGCGUGUCCUACGCGUCCGGCCUAUGGCACGACUCCAGGCGGACGCCGAAGCCGGCUUACCGCGACGUCGCCGCCGCGUCCUCCAGGUCUGUCGUGCGCGCCGUCGACUUCCACACCAAGGAUGAGGAAGCAAGGAUCCUGAUCAACAGUUGGGUCGGUGAGUCAACGAACAACCUCAUCGACUCUAUCCUUGCUCCAGGAUCCGUGAACAGCACCACGCGCCUCGUGGUCACCAACGCCAUCUACUUCAAGGGCAGGUGGGACACGCCAUUCGAGAAGCAAAGGACGAAGGAGGACAAGUUCCACCGGCUCGACGGCAGCUCCGUCACAGCCCAGUUCAUGAACAGUUCUAAACGCCAGUUCAUCGGCGUGCACGACGGGUUCAAGGUGCUCAGGAUGCCCUACACGUACAGGAUGCACAGGGCGCCAGGUCUUCCCAGAACCAUCCCACCACGAUACUCCAUGUGCGUCCUCCUGCCGGACACGCGCGACGGCCUGCAGGACCUCAUGGACGCCGUGGCGUCCAGCCCGAGCUUCCUGCAGGACAACCUGCCGCGGAACAAGGUCAAGGUUGGGGAGUUCCGGGUUCCCAGGUUCCAGAUGUCCUUCACCAAAUCUAUGAGAGAGGACCUCCAGGAUCUUGGCGUCCAGGCCGUGUUCUCAGGGGCAGCCGAGCUGCCUGACUUGCUGGAGGAAGACGGGUCGCAUGAACAAGGCUGUGAUCGAAGUGAAUGA